UAAGAAGAACUGACCAUGCUACUGUCGGGCGGUACAGGGUUCACGGUCCUCAUCAUCAUUUUUCCGCAUGUCGCACUGACGGCUGGAAUUCCUCCACCAACCCACGUGAAUGUUAACUGCAAAAACCUGGAGACCAAAGUGAGCUGGGGUUAUGAUGAGCUUCUGCCUCAGACUAUGUUCUCCGUGGAGAUCAACAGCUCAAAAAACCACCUUACUGCAGUUACCCCUGACCUUCAGUACAACCUGACCGCCUUCAUCUGGCGCUCUCAGUGGAAUUACCUGGAUUUUUACUACGUGACAGUCACAGCGCUGCAGGGAGUAGCCACAUCAGAGCCGGCUCAAUCUCAGACGUUCACUUUUAACCGUAUGAGGGUGGCUGACAUCAUCUGUAAACUGGAUUUUCCUCCGGUCAGUGUCACGGCAGACAAGUCAGGGAAUACGGUCACGUUCGAGAAUCCGUUAAUUACCUACAGAGAACUGAAUGACUCGAGGAACCUGAAAAAGGCCUUCUUCAAGUUCACAGUCUCCUCAGAUCAGCGUGACUACGUAUCAGAGUGUGAUCUGAAGAAGCAGUCCUGCAAAUACGACCUGCCGUCAUCCGAGGGGGCACAGGCCUGCGUCACACUGCGAGGUUGGCUGGAUUAUGGAAACGGUGUGGAAAACGUGGAGUUCCAUCAGACCGAUCGCGUUUGCACCACCGGAAGCGAGUCUGAAACCAAAGGAGCUCAGGUCUUGGCCUUGACCCUAACACUGACCUUCAUACUGCUCUUCAUACUCACACUCACCCCCUUCUGUGUGCUGAAGGGGUACAAGAAGAAGCCGAUCCCUAAACCCAGUCGGACUGUUCUGGACGUCAUGCCUCACUCUGGGCCCAGCUACCAGGCAGUGGUCAGAGAAGAUUUCAACCCUGUUACCGUGGAGUCCAAACAGGUCUGCAGCAAGAACCUGGAGGACCAGAGCCUUCAUGACGACGACAGUGCUGCUGAAGGAGGUGAAGGUUCCAGGAGUGGAGCUUGUGAAAACCCCAGCCAGACAUUUAAGUACACAGAUGGUGCAAUUUUAGAAAACAGUGGUGAUCAGCAGCAGGAAGACGGAGAUCUGACAUCCUCAGAACAUGGGUCAGAACAGGAGGAACAGGAGGAGGAUCAGCCAAUGGAGCGCUCUCACUAUGAUCGAAGGCAUGUGUGAAUUCAGUAAAUUGUCUCCUAGGAUUCUGCUGUUGGAAAGGAGAACCUUGAGGAGAUCCUGGGACCCAGAGGAGAGCAUUUAUAAUGAUUCUACAGUCUAAUGACUGUACCACAGUUUUUACCUCAGGAUUUGAAACUCCUACAGAAUGUUUGUUUAUUUCAGGGCUUGCGAUCCUCUAAUCGACACUUUCGUCAGGAGUAGACUUCGUUCUAAGAUCUAUUUUGCACAGAAAGCAGAGGACCUUCUAUAAAUGUUCUUCUCAUCAUCCCCAAUGUUCCUUUGAAACAACAAAGUUCUCACGGCUCAGAGCUGCUGAUGGACCGCUCCUCCUGCUCUGAGGGACUUGGACCGCGAAGAGAAUUAUCCAGCU